CCAAGCAUUCCAGUGUGUGUUGCUACUAUGCGGCUUGUACUGUAAAACACACGCAUUUUUCCUGAUUAUUUUGUGCGUCUUGUUUUGAUUUUCGCCGGAGUGUCUUUCUGAGGCCGUCAGCAAUGGCGGACAUUAAAAACUUCCUGUAUGCUUGGUGUGGAAAAAAGAAACUAACACCGAACUAUGACAUCCGAGCAGCUGGAAAUAAAAACAGACAGAAAUUCAUGUGUGAGGUACGUGUGGAGACUUACAAUUACAUCGGUAUGGGAAACUCCACCAACAAGAAGGAUGCUCAGUCCAAUGCUGCCAGAGAUUUUGUGAAUUAUCUCGUUCGGAUGAAAGAAAUAAGUCCUGGUGAAGUUCCUGCUCUAGGGGUCAGCGUUCCUGAUGGGCCGAGUGAAGGAGGGAAUGAUGACGGUGGUGGAUUUGGAAAUCUCCCAUCAAACUGUCCACUGCCUCCACAUCUGGCUGUGAAGAAGGAAGCAGAAUCUUGUGAGGGUUCUGCACCUGUCCCUGGAGUCACAGGUUUAGGCUACUCUGGUUGUAAUAAUGCACCGUGGGAGAGAGGAGCUAACCUGCAGGAGUAUUACUCCAAGAAAGAGGAGCAGGAUGCAAAAGCGACUUAUGAAUCAGAGGAAGUUGAUCUUAAUGCUGGCCUGCAUGGGAACUGGACUCUGGAUAAUGCAAAGGCCCGUCUGAACCAGUUCUUUCAGAAGGAGAAAAAUCAAACCGACUACAAGUAUAGCCAAGUGGGCCCUGACCACAACAGGAGUUUUAUUGCUGAGAUGACAAUCUUUGUAAGACAGUUGGGUAGGAGGGUUACUGCCCGUGAGCAUGGCUCUACAAAGAAGCUGGCUGCCCAGUCUUGUGCUCUGUCUCUUGUCCGUCAGCUGUACCAUUUGGGGGUUAUAGAAGCCUACACAGGACAGACCAAGAAGAAAGAAGGAGAAAGUGUGGAUGUUUAUCCAGUUAAUAUCAAUGAUGAUGUUCAACACCAGCUGUACAGUGUUAUGCAGGAACUUGGCAUCCACAUUCCUCCUCCUCCUCAGGACCCCAACAGUCCAGUGUCUCUGGUACAAGGGAAAUUGGCUCAUUUUGAACCCUCUCAAAGGCAGAGCAUGGCAGGUGUGGUGCCGUGGUCUCCACCGCAGGUCAACUGGAACCCUUGGACCAGCUCCAACAUUGAUGAAGGACCACUAGCAUUUUGCACCCCGGAACAGAUCAGCAAUGACCUGCUGAAUGAGCUCAACUAUCAGCUUGAACAGGACCAAAAUCUGCAGACGAUUCUAACGGAACGAAGUCAGCUACCAGUCAAGAACUUUGAGCAGCAAAUCAUGUCCGCCAUUUACAAUAACCCAGUGGUCAUCAUCCGUGGAGCCACCGGCUGCGGAAAGACCACUCAGGUUCCUCAGUACAUCCUAGACGAGUUCAUAAAGGGAGGGAGAGCAUCCGAUUGCAAUAUCGUUGUUACACAGCCAAGACGUAUCAGUGCAGUGUCAGUGUCAGAACGUGUAUCUUUUGAGAGAGGUGAAGAAGUGGGCAAAAGCUGUGGCUACAGUGUGCGCUUUGAGUCUUUCCUGCCCAGACCUCAUGCUAGCAUCCUCUUCUGCACAGUUGGGGUGUUACUGAGGAAGCUGGAGUCUGGUAUUCGUGGGAUCAGUCAUGUGAUCGUGGAUGAAAUCCAUGAAAGGGAUAUAAAUACUGAUUUCCUGUUGGUGGUGUUGAGAGACGUGGUCCAGGCUUACCCUGAUGUGCGUGUCAUCCUCAUGUCUGCCACCAUUGACACCACCAUGUUCAAGGAAUACUUCUUCAACUGUCCUGUCAUUGAGGUACAUGGACGUGCACAUCCUGUGCAAGAGUAUUUUCUAGAAGACUGCAUUCAGAUGACUCAGUUUGUACCACCACCAAUGGACCGGAAGAGAAAAGAUAAAGAUGAAGAGGGUGGAGAUGAUGAUGUGAACUGUAAUGUUAUCUGUGGAUCUGAGUACAGUCCAGAAACCAAGCGUGCCAUGUCUCAGCUGAAUGAGAAGGAAACUCCAUUUGAGCUGAUUGAGGCUUUGCUGAAAUACAUUGAAACUCUGGAAGUACCAGGAGCUGUGCUAGUUUUCCUACCAGGCUGGAACCUCAUUUAUUCUAUGCAGAAACACCUGGAGAUGAACCCACACUUCGGUGGUCACCAAUACCGAAUCCUGCCCCUUCACUCUCAGAUCCCGAGGGAAGAACAGAGACGAGUGUUCGAGCCUGUGCCUGACGGUGUGACUAAGGUCAUUUUGUCUACCAACAUUGCUGAGACCAGCAUCACCAUCAACGAUGUGGUCUUCGUACUCGACUCCUGCAAGCAGAAGGUGAAGCUGUUCACUUCUCACAACAAUAUGACAAACUACGCCACUGUGUGGGCCUCCAAAACCAACCUGGAGCAGAGGAAGGGACGUGCUGGCCGAGUCAGACCAGGCUUCUGCUUUCACUUGUGCAGCCGGGCUCGUUUUGAGAAACUGGAGACCCACAUGACUCCAGAAAUCUUCCGCACACCGCUGCAUGAGGUGGCGCUCAGCAUUAAAUUACUGAGGUUGGGAGGCAUUGGGAACUUCCUGUCCAAAGCCAUCGAGCCGCCACCAUUGGAUGCUGUUAUUGAGGCUGAACAUACUUUGAGAGAGCUGGAUGCUUUAGACAGUAAUGAUGAACUUACUCCACUGGGACGCAUCCUGGCCAAACUGCCCAUCGAACCACGACUGGGGAAGAUGAUGAUCAUGGGAUGCAUCUUUAAUGUUGGAGAUGCAGUGUGCACCAUCUCAGCAGCAACCUGUUUCCCAGAGCCCUUCAUCAACGAGGGAAAACGCCUCGGCUUUGUUCAUAGAAACUUUGCAGGCUCACGUUUCUCUGAUCACGUGGCCUUGCUCUCUGUCUUCCAGGCCUGGGAUGAAGUUCGGGUGGGAGGCGAGGAUGCAGAGAUUAGGUUUUGUGAGCACAAGAGGCUGAACAUGCCCACAUUAAGGAUGACCUGGGAGGCUAAAGUCCAGCUGAAAGAGAUCCUUGUUAACGUUGGCUUCCCUGAAGAGUGUCUCCUAAAUCAAGUGUUUAACAACGUGGGACCAGAUAAUAACUUGGAUUUGGUGAUCUCUCUGUUGACGUUUGGUUCUUAUCCCAAUGUGUGUUACCACAAAGAAAAGAGAAAGAUCCUGACUACAGAAGGACGAAAUGCUCUCAUCCACAAAUCCUCCGUCAACUGUCCUUUCAGCAACCAUGAUUUGACGUAUCCAUCUCCCUUUUUUGUCUUUGGGGAAAAGAUCCGAACUCGAGCCAUCUCAGCCAAAUCCAUGACUCUUGUCAGUCCUCUUCAACUCAUUCUGUUCGGCUCAAAGAAGAUCACAUCCAAUGGAGAAGUUGUUGAGCUUGAUGACUGGAUCAAACUGCAGAUUCCUCAUGAUGUGGCUGCUGGCGUGGCUGGCCUGAGGGCAGGAUUGGAAGCGCUGGUGGUGGAAGUGACCAAAGAUCCAGAAUACAUCAGAAAUCUGGAUCCCAUCAAUGAGCGCUUGCUGAACGUCAUUAGGCUCGUGUCGAGACCCUCGUCAGCAGGCAUCAACCUCAUGGCCUCCAACCCACGCUUUGGAGAUGGUCCACGUCCACCUAAGAUGGCCCGGACUGACUUUGGAGGCGGAGGAGAUUUUAGGGGAGGAGGAGGGUACAGAGGAGGUGGAGGAUACAGGGGAGGUGGAGGAUACAGGGGAGGUGGAGGAUAUCAGGGUGGUGGAGGAGGAUAUCGUGGUGGAGGGGGUGGAGGAUAUAGGGGGUAUGGAGGAGGAGGAGGAGGUGGAUAUAGGGGAUCUGGGGGAUUUAGGGGGUCUAAUGGAGGUGGAGGAUACGGAGGAGGAGGAGGUGGAUUUGGAGGGAGGGGAUUCAGAGGAGGAGGAGGAGGUGGUGGCGGCGGCUGGGGGGGAAACAGGGGUGGAUAUUAGAACCGACCAUCUGAGCAUGGAUGUAUGCAAGAAGGUAAAUUAUGUGUGAGUUUUGUUGGUUCUCUCAGUCUUUUCUCUUUUUAUUUGUAAGAAAGCAUGACAAAUUAAAAACAUAAAUGUGAUACUGUAUGCUAAUGACAGUAAUUUUGGCUAAUAAUUAUUAAAAAUAGCCAUUUGUGAUCAUCAGUAUCUCAAUUCUUUUUUUAAUUAAUAGCAAAUAUAUGCUUAGUGUUGUAUUCUAAUAAAAAUCACCCUUUUUUUUUAGUCGUGUUUUUUUUUAUUAAUUCUUAUCCACUGCUUGUUUACGCAAAUUUCUAAUCAGACAAUAACACCACAGCAGCUCAACGCAUUUAGGGAUGUAGACAUUAUGAUGAUAUAAUACUUAUGUUCAAACAGCAUCAGAAUGAGGAAGAAGAGUGAUUUAAGUUGAUCCCUAAUGAAUUUACUUCCUAUCAAUUCAACCUCAGUUGGUUGUAAACCUUUAUGAGUUUCAGUGGUUAUUGGGUUCCAGCAUGUCUGUCUGUCUGUAUGCGUGCGUGCUAAAAAUAUGGCUAAUUUUAAUCUCUUAAGUAAGUAGUUUGUUGGAAAUCCACCCUUAAACAUACUGGUGUGAAUCGAAAACUCAGUUUCCAGAUGUGCGCUUUUGCAGUAAUGAGGAACUCCUGACAAGUAUUGUAUCCAGAUUGAGCAAUGUUUAAGUUAUGAAUGUCAACGCAAUGUUUUCCAUGAACAGCAAAAUAAAUGAAAUAUUUGUAGUUGGAAGAGUGCGUGUCUGCCUAUAAAACCGUAUGAGAGCUUUGGAACAUUGAGAUCUGAUGUGGCGUUAUCUUUCGAGACCUAUAAAUCACUUUAUAUGCUAAUUUUACCAUGUGUGG